AUGCAUCAGACAGUCAACGUGGAAAGUGACAGCCAGAAGAAAAACCAGACACAGUGCACCAUCAUAAGAAGUGCAAGGUCAUUUUCCCCCCCAGAGCCGAGGAAAAAGGGCCACUCUUCACCAGGAUCACCUGCGGAGCGUAACGAUCAGUUGUUUACUAAGGACCGCUGCUCGCGCUUCCCGACCGCGUCCUUGUUCCCGAGACUCCACCGACAACCUCCAGGGCAGCUCACAACCAAUGAUCAGCCAAGCAGCGCGGGAGGGGCUGGCGGCGCCGCAGCUGAGAGGCCGGGAGGCAGAAGCUGCGGGCCGCCAAGCGACGGCUCCCGAGACGGUGGGACCCCCGGAGCGGCCCACCCCGACACCACGCCUGAGGUUCGCCGCGGCAGCGCUGGCGGGGCUGCAGCCGACCGGCCGGGAGGCAGUGGCUGCAGGUCGCCAGUGGCUGCAAGUCGCCAGGCGGAGGCAGAAUCGGAGGCGGAGUCGGAGAGGGCUGCGGAGAUGGAGGCGGACCGGCAGCCGGAGCAGGGCUGCGUCAAGGAGGAGGUGGUCCUGGACGCACCAUUUUCGGGGCAGUGCGGCGUGACGGAGGAGGCUGUCCUGGAGGCGGACCAGCGGCUGGUGCGGGGCCUCGUCACGGAGGAGGGGGUGGUCCUGGACGCACCAUCUGGCCCGGGGCAACCAUUGGCCCGGUCCCGAGAGCGGCGUCGGCUCGGCGCCGAGGACGGCCCCCCGACCGUUCCCGCUGGUCGGCCCGGCGCCGAGGACGGCCCCCUGACCGUUCCCGCUGGUCGGCCGGACGCAGAGGGCGGCCUCCCGACGGGUCCGGGCCUGGAAGGCCCGGGGCGCAGUCGGCGGUUCCGGGCUUCCUCUCCCGCUCUGAGGGGGCGGGGGGGGGGUAGGCUCGGCUGGACGGACCCCGGCGCGAGUUCCAGGUUCAUAUCUCAGCUGAACCACCAGCUAUCCUUGGAGCACCUCAAGCAUACUGUACACCUCCCAACAGCUGGAUCCCCCGGGGAGCAGAAGCACUGUGGUCCAGCUUCCCUGUGGUUCUGCUCUGUUCUCUGCACCAUCUCUGAUCCCACUGGGACUGCUUGA